UGUUCAGCUGCCUCGUUUCUCACUUGUGUGGUUCGAGUAACUGGCACAACUCAGUCCGCUCGGAUCGCGAGGCUGUUACAGGUUUUCCCUGCGACCAGAGGUGUGCGUGUAUGUGCUCAAGUGCCCGUUGUAUGUGAAGGCCUUUCGGUUUCGUCGAUUGAACGAUACUACACGGGAAACAUCGUCUGCUAUUGACAGGGAGGGGUGUCAGCCACUAGUGGGAGCUGCAGGGUGCAGCAAUGUGCCGAGUGCUUGGCCUGGUAGUCAGUGAGCCACACCAGCCAUUUGCACACUCCUCAACUCUCUGGCCCCUCUGAAAAAGUGCCAACAUGGAAGAACUUCAAGCAGAAAUGGCCGCAGCCGCCACUACCACCACCACGACCACCACCAUUGCCAAUAACAAUUCCGACUCUGAUGCCAGCCCUGGCCGGAGCAGCCCAGCAUCUCAACAAAGUGAGCCAGGCAGCCGAGCUGCCCCUGAUGUAGCAGCUGCUCGGUCGGAUGCGCAAGCAUCAGCCACUGCUUCGAAUCGGCGUCGCAGAGCAGCUGACUGGGAAAUUAUGCAGGGGCUGCGCACAGGCCAGCGCUGUGAUGACAAGCCGAAAAAAUUUGAGGGCUACCUGCUUAAGCGCCGCAAGUGGCCUCUUAAAGGAUGGCACAAGCGUUUCUUUUGCCUUGAGAAGGGGAUCCUAACGUACGCAAAGUCCUCAACGGAUAUGGCAAAGGGAAAAAAUCAUGGGUCGGUUGAUCUUGGGCUCUCUGUGAUUUCCACCAAAGGCAAAGGGCGGCGGAUUGACAUCGAUGCUGAGGAAUUUAUUUAUCAUCUGAAGGUGAAAAACCAAGCGCAGUUCCAGCAGUGGGUGUCUCAGUUGCAGCAUCACAGGCUCUACCGACAGCAUGAAAUUACCUUUGGUAGCCGGGAGGCUCCCAAAAUGACCUCACCUGCUGCCGAGGACUCUGGCGGUAUUCCAGGAGGCAAUGGACCAUCAGGAUUCGAGCUCAGCAACUUGACCUCAGCCAUGCUGCUUGAAAAUUCUCGUCUGAUUCGUAGCCCAUUAAACCAGCAGCAGAGUCGUGUGGCUGCUUGGAUCCUGGACUCAUCAGCCAUUGACCAUGGAAACAAAGAUGCUUCAGUGCUCCAAGAGAAGUUGUUCCACUUGUCCAAUCUACUGCAGCUGAUUGAAAAUAGUCCCAGCACAAUGUCUUCAAAUUACCUUGAGAUUCCCGAGAUGGAGCAUGUGGUCGGAGGUCAAAAGAAAGAUCGGAAGCGGUUCCACCUGAAGCGCAUUAGAAGAGGCAAAAAGGACUCUGAGCCAGGUGUGGCAAGCAAAGGGGGCAGCAGCAUUGGGAAGCAGCCGCUAAAUGUUGAAAUAACGGUGUCACAGGAUGCAGCUGGGGCUAAUGAUAUUUUUGCCAGUAUGGACAACCUCACGGAGGCAAAUCGCUCUGAAAAGUCGGAUGGGUCUGCCGUGCUAUCGAUUCGGGACAUGGGCUAUCUAAGUUGUUCACACCCUUCAUUGGCAUCUGAUGGAACACUAGUUGGCUCUGUGUCUGACAGCAAUACGUACUGCUCGUACGACACUACAGGUGUCUUUAAGCAUAUGGAGCAGUUUCUUUCUCUUGCUAAGGAAGUGCAUUCGGGCCUGCGAACCAUGCUGCGGAGUCUACAAACUGAAAGAGAGCGCUUCAAGCAACACUUGGAGUCUGAGAGUGCUGCAAGCUGUGGCAGCAACGCUGCAUUGAUUGCAAAUCUCAAGAACGCACUGACGCAGGCAGUUCAGCAGAACUAUGACCUCCGAGCCUGCCUAAAGAAGAUUCACGAAGAGACAGAUCCGUCGACUUUCCCAGCAGCUGAUGGGUCGGCAGCAGAAAGCUUUGAUGAGCCAACGCUUGUGCAUCAACCUGUGCAGCAGUCCGUGUCACACGAGAGCUCGUCUGCACUGUCAACAUCGGAGUUCUUUGAUGCAGCUGAAAAGUUGUCACUGAGCAGUUCUUCCUCAGAAGAAGAGGAGGAAGGCAGCUUUUGCAGUGAGGUGUCUGAUGAUGGCACUGAAUAUGCACCCGGUGCUGAAGGCAACCUCACAGAUCGUCCGCCACUGUCUCAAGGGCGCCGCUCGAAGCUGCCAGCUCCCAAACCUGAUGCGGGGGACACAAGCUUGUGGAACUUACUGUGUAAAAACAUUGGCAAGGACUUGUCCAAAGUGAGCAUGCCGGUGACCAUCAACGAGCCCCUGAACAUGUUACAAAGACUUUGUGAAGAACUGGAAUACAGUGACCUCUUAGAUAAAGCUGCCGCAACUGAAGACCAUUUUGAACGAAUGGUGUGCAUAGCUGCCUUUGCUGUCUCUGGCUAUAGCUCGUCAUAUCAUCGAGCUGGGCACAAACCUUUCAACCCAUUGCUUGGAGAAACAUAUGAAUGCAUUCGAGAGGACAAGGGUUUCCGGUUCAUUGCAGAGCAGGUGAAUCACCAUCCACCUGUUUCUGCCUGCUAUGCGGAGUCUAAGAACUACAAGUUCUGGCAAGAUGUUAGGAUCAAAACCAAAUUUUGGGGAAAGUCUAUGGAGAUCCUCCCAGUGGGCUCUGUUCACCUCGAGUUGUUGAGCUCUGGAAGUCACUACCAAUGGAACAAAGUGACCACAUGUGUGCACAACAUCUUUAGUGGCCAGCGGUGGGUGGAUCAGUAUGGUGAAAUGACUAUUCGAGACCUGUCCCAUGAUGUGACCUGCAAGUUGACUUUUGUGAAGGCCAGCUAUUGGUCUGACAAACGCCAUGAAGUUUUCGGAACUGUGGUCAACAAGCAGGGAGAUGUCAUUUGCAACCUCUCAGGCCAAUGGACUGAAGCAAUUUACUGCGGUGUUGCCCCUGCAGCGAAGUGCAUCUGGCGGCCUGGAACAAUGCCUGAAGACUAUGAACUCUACUACGGUUUUACACGGUUCGCCAUUGAGCUGAAUGAACUUGACCCACAAAUGGCUAAACUUUUGCCUCCAACUGAUUCAAGGUUCCGGCCUGACCAAAGGCUGUUGGAGGAGGGCAACAUUGCUGCUGCUGAAGCAGUAAAGUCUCAAUUGGAGCAGAAUCAGAGGGAACGGCGGAAGCAGAGGGAAGAACAUGGCAUUGAAUAUCAGCCAAUGUGGUUCAGAAAAGAGACAACGAAAGAUGGCAAAGAGCACUGGACUUACACUCACAAAUACUGGGAGACCCGCACAAACCCUGGCUUCAGCAGCAUCUCAUUUCCAGAAAAGCUUUGGGAUUGUCUUUAACACAGCAGGGCUCACUCACACACAGUGAAAGAGUGGUGGUAGAAGUACUUGUAGAUCCCCCUUUUUUGUUCUUUAUUUGUUGCUGUGCAAGUACACAAUCCGAAUUUUGCAUUAUUUUCAUCAUUUACAUGAACGGCUUGUUCUUUUUGUACUCAAGAGUGUGCGCCUGAAUUCUUUGUGUCACUAACUGUAUAAGCAGCAUUUUGUAGUUUCGCUAGGUGACUACCUCCAGUACAGUGCACACAUCGAAGUGUUGUAUACUCAAGUCCUCAUUGUUUAUUGAUUGAUUGAUCUUUAUCUGUUCGGUGCACAUAUCAUGUGUGUUUGGUAUAUUUUAAUUAGUGUUAACACUGCUCCUACCCAUGGACUUUCAUGCCAGCAGAAAGACUCCUGCUGGCAGGUGAUAAUUGCUGGGUCAUUCUAGUUGUGUGACGCUUGUGAGUUUGCAUACUUUGAAUUUUGAAAGAAUAUGCCACUUCAAAUAGUUCUACUUGGUGACAUUAACCUUGUACCUUCACCAGGGGUGUGGAAAUAUCAAAUUAAUGUUUUUUUCUGUUGUUUUGUCAUGCUAGUUUCUAGCAAGGAACCUGCUUGCUUGAAAAAACUUGAAAGAAUAUCAUUCACACAUUACACUAUUUUGUUUGACCUGUGUACUGGUGGGCAUGUUUAUUAAUUUAAAGUGCAGGAUUUUAAACUAAUGAUCAAAUCUUUGGUAUAGCAGCAACUUUUUUUGAAACUUCCAAGUACCUGUAUGUUGAACAGGAUUUUGAACUAGCCAUAAAAGCACACAGAAACAACUGUGAGACAUGGUGUCAAAUGGAAAAUCUUACAGUUGCAAAUUUUCAAUCUGAUUAAUUUGCAUUAUGGCACCAACACCAAGGAACUAGCUAUCUUAAUGUAAGUAGGGGCAAGUCACUCUGUGAAUUUGUUUCAUGCAUAUCUGUUGGACACCUUAACACCUUAAGGCAACAGCUGGGAGUAAUAUUAGUAUUUGUUCAUUGCGUGUAGUAGCUAUGGCUGGCGCAACUAAAGAGGAUGUGCUGGUUGUAUGCUUAUGCUGUAUAAUAAAUAGAUCUACGGGAGGUUAUGGGGCCAUGAACAUUCUGAAUAAAUGGAUAUUCAGUCAUUGAUCCUGUAGUGUAUAUUCACUGUGUGUGUAUAUACUGUUGUACAGUUCCUGAAUUUCAUAGCAUGGCCAUGGUGACUACAUUGUGGGGAAUAGGUAUAAUGUCCAUGUACUUAGGUUUUGGUACACAUUGCCACGAAAUGGUCAAAAUCAAUCCAAAGAACUUCACUACAGGAUUUCUCGGACAAGGCAGUGUUUUUGUUGAUAAACCCCAGCAGUCAGUCAUAAAAAAAAAAAAUUGUAAAGUUAGCUUUUUCUUUUUUAUGGCUUGAACAAAUAGAUUAUUUUUAAUCCUGUGUUGGAUGACAGGUUACUCUUGGCAGUGUUUGACAGAAGCAUUGUUUUGAUGUUUUCACACCCCUGUGUAUAAAUACUGUUGAAGUGGCUGACGUGUACAACACAUUGAAACAGUGUGUUCAUAUUAUUUGCUGUGAGGAUUUAAUCAUUUACUUGCUGCCAUGUUGUGAGAUGCCAAGGACUACAUUCUGCAGUGCUGGUGUGUGAAAACUGCUUUAACAGGUUUUGGUUGCUGUUGAAACCUUCGAGUUUGCCUUAACAUGUGGGACAGUCUUGACCAGGUGCCCUGACUGGCCCACAUUCUCACCUAGCCAUAUACCAUCCUGAUACACGUGAUGCUUCCAUAUAUAAGUAGGCAGGCACUGUUCAGUGUCUAUACUGCAGUAGUCUUUCGCUCUGUAUAAAAACGAGAGGCAGCCACUCUUACACAUAAGAAAAAAUAACCUAGCCAGAAUGAUGUUCAUCUUUCUUUUUUUUUAUCUUGUUGUCACUGUAGGAGCCCUGGAAUACUUUUGCUUGCCUUUUUCCAGAUGUCAAUCUAUUUUCUAAACUUUCAACAAUGUUGUGUUGCAGUGCAUUUGAUAAAAGUGCCAACGUUUGGCUUUCUCACUUGCAUUUGCUAUGCUGAUUGUGUUUCAAAGCACAUUGAUAAAUAGCAGGAGCAUAGCCAUUCUUUUUUUUUUUUCAGUUGAGUGGGGGGUGGUUUAACCAUACAGGUAAGUAUGUUUGUGUGUGCAUUUCUGUAUGCAUGUAUGUAUACACAUGCAAAACUGAAAAAUUUUGGGUAGGAGGGGGAUAAUUUCAGCCCCCUCACCUCCGUUGGCUAUGCCAGUAAUAUAAGGUAAAAAAUUAAUGAGUUCAUCACAUUCUGUUGCUGGAACAUGUGUCUCCCUUUCGGAGCUGCACGCUACUUUCAGAUGAAGGUGACUUUCUCUUGAAUGACUCUUCUUCCAUCUUGACAAUUUCCACAAAACUGAUGUAUUUAUUCAGUUUUCCUGUGCGCAAAACUGAACCUGUCAAACUAAUUACCCCAUUGCCCUGCCAUCUGUUAGCCUCCCAUUUUAAGUUAGUUGAAAAAGUGGCUACCCACUGUUAGGCUAUGGUGCUGGUUACCUGAAGCAGAAUGCUCUUUAGCCCUGAUUAUCUUAUGUGGGUUUCUUAGAUGGCCUUACAAUACAUUCAAGGUGGCAUCAAUUUUCUCUUGCACAUUUAUACAUGACCACUUAACAUCAGAUGUGGCUCUGUCCCACAUUGUAUUUCGUGUGCCUAUGAUUAGAGGAGGUGAGAAACCUCGGUGACAAAGAAACCACAGAAUCAAUAAAAGGUGUUUCAGGGCCCCUUUAAAAGCUGUGUCUGCAACAGUUUUAGAGACGGUUUUAAUACGGCUGGGCUUCAUUGUCCUUUCUUUUUCUUUGCCAGUUGACUUAAUUGUGUUGUACUUAUAACCUUCAGCUGAAUCCUGCUGGCAGGUGUGUCAGUUGAGGUUAUACAUUAAUUUCAAGUGAAUUGUAUUUAUGGUUAAAAGGCCAUGCCUUGUGGCUGUGUAGCACUUCUUAGUCCAAGGAAUGUGGGUGUGCCGUCAAAGCUAUGAGACAAACAUUGCAAACACUGUGAUUCGUUGGAAGUGUUGAAAAGGCAACUGUGAGUGUUUUGUCCAAAGAAUAAAGCCACACAUAAGCUGAAACCUUUAAAAAAAUGGAAGUGAGUGGCAAUAGAGAUAGUGCCUCAUGGGGAGAGAGAGCCAAACAAACAAAAUCUUAUUCACAAAGUCCUCUUGUGGAAAGUGCUACAAGCUUAUAUGUAUGUGGAGCACUUGUGAUUCUUGCGUGCAUUUGUGCAUUUGAGGCAGUAGCAAUUACAGUAAUAAGAGAAAAUCAGUAAUAAUAUAUAGUGUUAACUUGUGUGCUAUAAAAUAUUUCAAGCUGGAAUAUAAUGUAUCGCCAUAUGUUGUUUGUUUAAAAAUGGGAAAUUGCUGUUAAGGUUGGAGAUACAAAGGGUAUUUUUGUGUAAGUGCAUCUAAUCAUGUUUCUGUGCAUGACUGUCUGUUUAUUGGGCAGUUCUCAUGUUACAUUCAGGUCUGCUGAAGCACCUCUUUUUCAUUCUUUUUUUAAAGAAUUAUUUAUAAGUGCUACUUCACAAAAAACAGCGAAACUAACAGCAGGAAAAUGUACUUAUUGUUUUUUAGACUGUGUUACUUAUGGUGUGUACUUUUUAUAAACAUCAGAUUUCAUAUGAACAGUACUUUUUUCAACAUUUGGUAGUGAUGUGGAUAAUUUUGUUAUUAUAGGUGUUCCUUAGUUAUUUAUUGUUAUGAGAUAUGCAGUGGGCUAAGAUUUGGAGCUGCUAUCAUGGUAACUAACUUAGCAAACAAGAGUUGUACUUGCAGUUUGGUCAUACCCAGAAUCGCUGGAGUUACUUUUGUUGCUUGCUUAGUAGUCCUGUGAGGUGCUGCCUUUAGUAGUCCUGUAACGAGUAAAAGAAAAAAAAGUGAAUAUGAUAUCAUUGUUACACUGUUUUUGUGUUGUGUUUUGUUUGUACAUUUGUGACAAUCAGAAAUAGUGAUGUACUUUGACGACUAUCAGGACAUGCUAUAGACAAUUUUGGCAUGUGUUGACCAAAGCUAUUGUCGAGCGUUGAGUAAAUCGUUGCUUGAGCUAUUGUAGAGCUUUACCGAUCCAUAAUCAUGUUUUGCUCGCUUUCUUAUUUUUUAUUUCUUUUUCUCUUCGAGGUGCAUUUGAUUCUAGCAGACCUUCGCAUAGUAUUUACUUGUUGAGUGGCAACUGUCAAGCUUAAACGCUGAGAAGGAGAAAAUGUGUGAAAGAAAUUGCGUCCAUGGUCCCUGUGAAAGGUGACAUCUCUGCUUGUCGAGUGAUAUACCUGAACUUGUCAAACAGGCAUGUGUAGGGGCUUUUGUACUGGUUUAAGAGAGAAAGCAACAGUGAAGACCUGUGGUUUUUAUUUGCAAGAGCUGCGUGCUUGCAAUGAACAGAAGAUAGCUCUCUAUAGACUAAAAGACUUUACAUAUUCCACAAUUUAUGCUGUACCAUGGUGCCACUGUGAUGAUGGAAGUUGUUGCACUGCAUAUCCCUCUGAAUCAAAGUCUAGCCUUCUGUGCUCUUUUUCGACAUCCAUAUUUUGGUAGCUGCACUCAUUGAAUUUUCUCAAUGGCCUCAGUGUGAAUCAAAGGCUGGUCCUUGUGGCUUCUUGUUUAGAAGUUGAGUGUUUCAUUCUUUUAUUAAAAUAUCUAUCUAUAUAAAAUAAUUGGCUUUUUCUAUUAGCUGUCCUAGUAAAACCAUUGUAAUGGGCACGAGUGCGGCUAGCAAGUAUGGAGAUUAGCAUGACAGGGGUGAUCUAAUCUUUCACAAUUUGGGUGCCUUUUGGGAUGUGUUUCACAUUUCAUUUUUUAGUUUUUACAUUUGCUGGUACACUAGUCCUUUUAGGUGGCACUUUGUAAAUUUGCUUAAAGGGACCGACAACCAAUUCUUAUUGUACUCUUUUUUUUCUGAUGCAAUAAAAAGAUUGUUGGUCACCGUG